CGCAAUAAUCAUGUUCAAACGCAGAGGAAGAGGUAAACGGACAUAGGGGUACAUUUUGGAGAAGUGUCAAAGUUGGUGAAGUUUUUAACAAGUCAAAUUGAUACUUCACCUUCAUAUUUAGACAAUGUUUUAGGAAUUUGCGUGUUUUUGUUAAAUGAACCCAUAUUCAUAUACUAGCAAUAGUAAUAUAAAUACAAACAGUAUGUCUGCACCAACAGAAGAAACUCCCACAGACACAACCACAGAAAAUAAACCAGCUGAAGAAAAUACUAAAAAAACAGACACAACCAAAGAUGCAGCUGACAACAAACCAAUCAAAAAAGUUAAAAGCAAAAAAGACCUUAAGAAUGAUCCAAGUAGAUUUGACCCUCCAGGUGUUAAUUUCAAUGCCAAGUUAAUAGGUAUAGAUGAAGUAACCAGUGCCAGAGGAGAUAAGAUGUGCCAAGAAGCAAUGUACCGCCUAAAAGUUGCUGUCAAACAGUCAGGACAGCACAAACAAAAAAUAAUAGUCAAUGUUUCAUUAGAUGGGAUCAGAAUUAUUGAUGUCAGAACUCAUGCAACAAACCACACUCAUCCAGUCCACAGGAUCUCAUUCAUAUCACGUGAUAUAACAGAUGCACGAGCAUUUGGAUAUGUGUAUGGUGCAGGAGAGGGAAAACACAAGUUCUUCGCUAUAAAAACAGAGAAAGCGGCAGAAGCACUGGUACUGACCUUGAGAGAUUUAUUCCAAGUUGUGUAUGAAUUGAAGAAAAAAGAGGUGGAGGAUGCCAAACAUAAGAUAGAGGAACCAGCUGAUGAAACAGCUACAGAAGCCAAAGAGGACCAGGAACCAGUAUACCAGGAGAUUGAAGUGGUACCAAAGAAUGGCAAACCUGUAGAAAAUGGUUCUGACCCAACAUACCAGGUACCAAACAACAACAAGCCUGUGUCAUCAGAAGGUCCAGACCUGUUACAGAUGGAAACAGAGUUGGAGACAAUAGAAAGGCGUAUAGAACAGAUAGAUACAAUGGAAGAAUUAUUUAAGGAACUUGAAGCGCCACCUACUACAAGUACAACAACAACACCAGCAUCAGGAGGGGGUAGUGCUUGGUCUUCUGACUUGAAUGCACUAUCUCAAACUAUGACCCAGAAUCAAUCGCAGUCAAUGUUUACAGUUGGAGGAGCUCCUUUCUCUACUGCCCAACCAUUCUCACCACAAGGUGGUCAGUUAUUUAGCCAGGCUGGUCAAUUUGGAGGUCAACCACUUGGUCAACCUGCAAGCCAACCAUUUGGUCAACCUGCAAGUCAACCGUUUGGUCAACCUGCAAGUCAACCAUUUGGUCAACCUGCCAAUCAACCAUUUGGUCAACCUGCAAGUCAACCAUUUGGUCAGCCUGCAAGUCAACCUUUUGGUGGUCAGCCAAGUCCUUUCCAGGCACAACCACCAAAUGUUCCGCCAAGAACUGGAAUGGGAUUUCCAGGAGCAAACUUCCCUGGAACAGGCAACUUCCCUCCAACACCAUUUCCUGGAACUCAACCACAAGCCCCUACAUUUCCAGGUGUACCCCCCAGGCCUGGUAACCAGCCGGCUGUUACAUUUACUCCAGCUAAUGAUCCAUUUGGAAGUGAUCCCUUUGCAAGCAACACUGCAUUUGAAGAAGGUGUUUUAGAACCAGCUAAGUUAACAUCACUGAAGGAAGAGCAACAGAAUGUACAGGCUGGUAAACCUGAUGUGUUUGGAGACCUUGUGAACAUUGGAGGAAAAACAAAAGCAUCAAAUCCAAAGGAUAUGUUUGCUGAAUUAGCAACACCAGAGAAAAAGUCAUUGAAUGCUCUUAAAGUUGAUAAAUCUCCUUCACCAAAACCUGCCUCACCAGUUGGGUUUCAGGCAAGUGAAGAUUCAUCAGCAGAUUCUGAUCCCUUUGGAGGAUCAGGAACUCCAUUUGGCACAUCUGAUCCCUUUGCAAAUGAUCCUUUCACCAGCAAUAAUCCUGGAACACAAUCUACUGCACAACCCAGCACGCAAGAGGCUUUAUUUGGAGACAGUUUAUUUGGUGAUGAUGAUGAUGCCUUUAAUAUACCCCUACCCCAGGGACCACCUCCUCCUCUACCAGAAAACAUUGCUAGUCAAAACCUGAACCAACACUUCCCAAGUGGUCCCCAACCCCCUCCUCGAACUUCAGUAAACACACCCCCUUUACCUGCUCAUAAUCCACCUUUACCACCCCGUCCAAAAUCAACAAGUUCUGAUAGUAAUAAAAGUACUACCAGUCUAAACUCAUUAACUGAAUCUCAAAAUGUGGUACAGCAGUCCACACCCCCGUUACCACCUAGACCAAAAUCAAAUAUAGACACAAAGAUAGUGCCUAGGCCUAGACCUAGGGGAACACUCAUGAAAAGUUCUCCUCAAGCAGGAGCAACUUUACCUUUAUCUACAACAGACAAUACUCAAAAUACCCAAGCUGUUAGGCCAUUAGACACUGUGAUACAUGGAGAGAAAGACUCUAAUAUCAAAAGUGUUAAUAACUGUGUUAAAACAAAUGAAAGUGAUAAAGAUGCUGAACAAAAAUACUCACAAAGUGCCAUUAAAGAAAAAACUUCAUUAAACGAAUCUCAUAAAAAUGUGACUUCUAGUGCUUCAGAGACUAUUCAUAGAUCUUCUAGUGUUGUAGCUGAUCCUUUUGUAUCUACAGAUCCUUUUGCUUCGGAGGACCCAUUUACACAAUCUGAUCCAUUUGCAAAUGACCCGUUUGCAUCCGAUCCUUUUGCAGAAUCGAGCAAUACUCAGCUUGCUAGUAAAGAUGAUCCUUUCACCUCUGUAGUCAAUACUUCACUCCCAAACAGUGACUCUGAUCCUUUCUCAGUGUUUGACAAUACUUUGUCUAAUGAUUCAGCCUUUAAAUUUGAAAGAUCUUCAUCCAAAAAAGGCAAAGUAAAGGUUUCUGGCCAAUGAUCCAUUUGGUAUGCAAUCAGCUUUUAAAUGAGAUGAGCGAUCAUCAAGGUGACCAAAGAUGUUUAUGUAUUUGUAUUGUUUUAACAACUUGUGACUUCUCUGAUGUGAUCUAUUAAACUACUGAAAAUCAACCUUCAAUUAGUGAUAUACGCAAAUGUACAUGUACUAUAUAGUGUUGCUGAUGUUGAAACAAACUUUGUAUUGAAUCAUUCUUUGAAAAAUCUGAUGACAGAAAAUAAUUUUGACUCGCAUUACUUUCUAUUUCUAAAUAUUUAUUACUGCAUAUAACUUACCAAGUGCAAUUGAAUAAAUUGUGCCUGUAAAUGUUUACUUUUUUAACCUACAUGUAUAUUAGUUUUCAAUAUCCAAUAGCAUAAAAACCUUACUAAAUGAACCAUAUUUUUAUUUCAUUAUCAAUUUGUACAUGUACUUUCAGUUUAUAAACAUUAGACUUCUAUGAAAUAAUGACUUUUGUAUCAACUUGCAUCCAUGUUUAAUUUUCUACAAAUAGUAUGAAGUAUAACACAGUUUUUGUGUCAAUUUUAAUGUGAUAUAAAUGUUAGUAUUAAGAGAGUAAAUGUAAAAGUUUAUGUUGCAUUUAUUGAAAUGUUUUAAUUAUAAUAUCAAACUUUACUUUUGAUCCACAUAUAGAAUUUUAUAUGCAACAGAUAGAAACAAGAAAUUUUAACAAUUGUUUGUCAUAUGGUGAAUUUUAAGAGGUGAUUUUUCAUGGAAUCGUGUUAUGGACUAGGGAACAGUGUCAUAGUAAAAUAUGUCAUAAGUUUGUAUUUUGAAAUGUAUUUUGUUAUAUUAUGAUUUUACAAUUUAAACUACAGUAACCAUCACACUGUAGGAGGGCAAAAACCAAUUUGGUCUUCCAUAGAUAUUGUAUGCGUGCAGUGGUUCUUUUAUGUCAAAAUAAGUAAUGUUGUUUUUAUAAGCAUAUACAUUCAUUUUUUAUAAAAAUGUUCUAUAUUAUACGUAUAUGUAUAUUCAGUUGUAUAAAUAUCAUUAGUCAGUACAUUCAGGAAUUGGUUUUCUAGUGAAUCAAAUUUCUGUGAUUUUGUCAAAUAUGUAGAGUGUAUUUAAUGUUGUAUAACAAUGAUCUUGGUAUACACUGUUGAAACCCCAGAUUGUAAGAUUUACAAGUUGACCUCUUGUGUUGGUGUCAGUCAGAUCCCAAUAACAUAUACUGUUAUUUAGGAUCUGAUUUUAAUCAGAUAAUCUUGGAAUACUGUAUACAUGUAAAUGCUUUAUUCAUGGGGGAAUAUGCAUUGUAGCUUAUGCCUCACUUGCAAUUAUUUGGCUUCAGGUUUUUCAAGUGACCAUUUUAUUGUAUAUCAACAAUUUUCUGAUUAAUAUUGGAUUCAAAUUUGUUAAUUAAUAUAAAUGAAAUAUUUUUACUUUCACAAUCAUUUUUUCACAAUAUAAAUACAAUGAAAUUUAGAGGGUAAAUUUUCAUCAAGAAUUUGUUCAUAUCAUUUUACAGUGAAAUUUGAUGUUGUAAAUAGCUUAUUACUAUACUUGUUAAUGUUCCUGUUUUGUCUUCCACAAGUUACGAUUAUGUUAACAGUUUAAAUUUGUUAAUGAUACCAAUCAUGUUUUUUUAACAACCAAAAUUAUUGUUAUGUUGUGUUGUCUAUUUAUUCGCAUUUUGUUAAAUUUAUGUAACAGCAACUCUUAUUAAAGUGACCUUAAUUAAUAAAUCUACUGGAUGAAAAUUCAAUAACAAUACAUAGGUAUGAAAACUUACAUGGAAAUGACAUAAUUAGCUUGAAAAUUGAAAUAGAUUUAUGCAUGAAUGAUUUCUAAAUAUGGAAAUGUACCUCGAUGAACAUAAUAUCUUUAUACACAUCAAUUAUAGAUAGGUUAGUGUUCAUAAAUAAGCAUUUAUGAAAUUAGAUUGGUCAAGAACGGGCACACCUGUUAGACCAGAUAUUUCGUUAAAUUCUAUUAUUUGAAAUUAUUUUUAAAAACAGUCUGUUUUCUAGACUGUUAAAAUAGUUAGCUGAUUUACCAAAGUAAAUGUGUUGCGAUACAUUUGAAAAUACUGCAGUCCAAUAGACUAACUUCGGAAUUAAGAAUAUUUGGGAUUUUCCCAGCUAAUCUGAGGUACAAACAAACGUACAGUUACAGCUUUAAAAAAAAGCAGGUUGACUAAUCAAUUGUCACCGGUAGUGCACAGUGAAGCUAUAAUGGUUAAAGUUUUUUUACCUAUAGAUAAGCUGGGAAAAACCCACAUUUGCCGAGUUCUGAAUAACAUCUAUUGGACAACAGAUAAAAUAACAUCAACACAUUGUGAAAAUGCUAUACAGCGGCGCAGCUUACAUGUUAAUACUCUAUAUAAGUUAUACCAGGCCUUGUGUAUUUUAUAAUCCUUGUAUUUUAUGUUAACCGUUUCUUCAGUUUUAUAGUCAUAGAUGUAUAUUAUUACUUAUGAUGGCCUUAAUAUAGAUGGCAUUCCUAUUUCAUUUACUGUAGUAUAUAUAUUUUUUAGUUUAUUAAUUUUCUGUUAUACUAUUAUUGUAGAUGGCCUAAUAUAGUUGGCAUUUCUUAUGUGCAAUACAUCUUUGAAUGAAUUAAACAACUUACAAAUGCUCACGCCUAGGUUGUAGUUGCUAGAAAUAUAUUAUAAGCAAUAUGAAGUAUUAUUUUGAAUUUCUGUUAGUUGAUGUAAUUAAAGUGGAGUGUGUGAUCAAAAUUAUAUUGUUAAAGUGUGCUUAUUACAUUGCUAGAUUUUAAUUUAUGAUUGGCAUAUUUAUAUUUUAAUUCUGUUAAUGACAAAUAAAUCAUACUGAUUUUUA